AGAACGGACACGAUCAGUCGUGAUGUGGCACGCGCUCUGUUGCACAUGGUCGCUGAGAAACAGGGGAACUACUACAUGACGGUCGCGAUGUGCUCUGUUCAAGCUGCUCUCAAAUGGCUACUCUUCACUGCCAUGGCCAUCUCUGUACUGCACCCAGUUGCAACCGACAUCACUGACAUGCCCAAGUUUGGCGAGCCAAUCAUCAACGUGACAGUGCCCGUGGGACGCGAAGCUACCCUGAUGUGUGUAGUAGAUGAUCUUGGUGCUUAUAAGGUAGCAUGGCUCAGAGGCGAUACUCAGACAAUCCUUACAAUCGCCAGUCAUGUGAUCACCAAAAAUCAUCGCAUUGGUGUGACUCACAGUGAUCACAGAACAUGGUUUCUACAUAUCAGAGAGAUGAAGGAGUCGGACCGUGGCUGGUACAUGUGUCAGAUCAACACGGAUCCCAUGAAGAGCCAAAUCGGCUACCUGGAGGUGGUGGUUCCACCGGACAUUCUCGACUACCCGACCAGCACUGACAUGGUGGUGCGGGAGGGGACGAACGUGACGCUCCGAUGCGCCGCGACGGGCUCACCCCAGCCCAGCAUCACCUGGCGUCGCGAGGGGGGCGAAACCAUCCCUCUGGGCAACGGUCAAGAAGUGGCGAGUGUGGAGGGCCCAGUGUUCAACAUCACUAGAGUGAAUCGACUGCACAUGGGGCCGUAUCUCUGCAUUGCCUCCAACGGAGUUCCUCCGACAGUCAGCAAGAGGAUUAUGCUUAUCGUGCAAUUUCCGCCAAUGAUUUGGAUCCAGAACCAAUUAGUCGGAGCAUAUGAAGGUCAGCGGAUAACCCUUGAGUGUCAUUCAGAAGCUUAUCCAAAGUCCAUCAACUACUGGACAAAAGAAAAAGGAGAAAUCAUUGCUCAAGGUAGCAAAUACGAGCCAGUGCUUCUGGACAAUGCCUACAAAGUGCAUAUGAAAUUGACGAUUCGGGCCGUCGGGCCUGCUGACUUCGGCUCGUACAAAUGCGUCUCCAAGAACUCGCUGGGCGACACAGACGGCAGCAUCAAGCUUUACCCCAUUCCGUCUCCCCUUACUUCCUCCAGGACCAAUAUUAUCACGAUCAAAACCACAGCAACUACGGACGCGAGAAAUCCUGUACAGGAAGAGAAGGCGGCCGGAGCGUAUCCCAGUGACCCUCUACACCCCGGAACUAACAAGAUCAUGGACCUUUCGGACCCACAACAAAUCUCCAAACAGAGAGAUUUGAAGUUAACAGGUGGUAAUCUCAAUGACAAGACCCUGGAUCUGCUUGGCGUCAGCUCCAGUUCAGCCUACGUCUCCCAUUGCUUUGUGCCCAUGUUUCUUGUGAUUCUCGUUUCCAUCACGUGGCAUAACACUUGGACGAUCGUUCAGACAACUCAAAAUAAAAUCAGGACAAGAUCUUAGUUAUUGGAACAAACACCAGUCAUAAAUUCGCGCUAAUCGAAACGUGUGCACUCUUGAGCCAUGUUUACAUAUCGGACUAAGAGAGAUAAUGACGCAAGAAUACCGGAAUUGAAAUUAAGUUAUGUGCAAGUGACUUUCGUUAUACAAGCAUAGCUACUCGCCUUUUCCGCAUAUCCGCGGUUUAAUUUCAGUAUUAUGAGAAGCAUCGAUAUUCAUCCAAUACCAAAUUUUAAAAUCUAUUUGUUACGUCGAAACUUCUCCAGGCUUAGUUAAUGCGAUGCAGAUUAAAAGCUUUGCAUCGAAUAAUUGUGGCGUCGGUUUAACAUCAAAAUGGCAGUUGUAAGUUUCCCGUUUGACGCGUUUUUGAUAUAUGCUGUAAUGUGUAAGAACGCAAACUCCGUAUAUAACGUGAGCCACAAGUAUUACUAAAUUGACGAUAUAUUUUAAAGAAAAUCAGUACAUUAAAACAGAUAUUAUUAUCAAACACGAAUCCUAUGUGUUGUAUCUUUUUAUGAGCAACAUAUAUAUGUAUAUGUGUAACCAAUAUUAUUAUGCUCUAAAAUACUUCAGACGGUACCACACAUUAUUUUUCUUUAAGAGUUUUGUACGUAAAUUAUACAAAGGGAUGCAAAUUAUUACAGGAAUACGUUUUAAAUAAACAUGGCAUAUUUUUGUGUUACUGUUCCAAACCUAAUCCCAAAGGAAUUGGCCAAAGUGAGUGUUUCAAAAAAACUGUGCUAAUGAAUUAACUCAGGGAAACUAAACUCAGUGGCAGUUCAAUUCUUCUGGUCAGACUCCAUACGUGCACUGCGCCAACGAGUGUGCAAGGGCGGAGCGUUCUUGUUAACCGCGUUAGCCCGGCUAACACUUUAAAACAUCGAACAACAAAAGACUUCUGUCUUUCUUUUGGUGGUUCGCUGGUAUUCCAUACACUGUAAUACAGCAGAACCGAUUAACUACGAUGCGUCGUUAGCCAGAUUGUUAAGGCUUACGCAAGCGUGUUUCUGUAUUCCAGUAUGUGGCACAACUAAACCACGAAAGUGAUACAGAAAGUACAAUCUUUUCAUUUUUUUAUAAAAAAUGUUUAGUAUGGCUAACACGGUUAUCAGUAACACUUUGCCCCGUAAGUAUGGUAUGUGUAACGUUCAAAUUGUUUAACUAUCUCUUUUUUCUAAGUGGGGAAAAGAAGCUAAUGGUCGUUGGAGCUUAAUAUUCAUUUUACGCUAAACUUAUUCUUUAAUGAGGAUGGUAUAUAGACUUCAAAACUGCAGUUCUGUUGGCGAAAAUCACUGAGACUGCAGAUUCUCCGACAGACCCUACCCUUAAGUGCCAAUUCGUUCUUCUUUAUUACUUGUUUAUAAUAUUUUAAAUUUUCAAGAAUACCGGAAAAUCUGGACUUUGUGUUUUUAAGUAUGAUUCUGACGUCCUGUGUU